AUUGACGUGUGAUUUUUAUACCUUUGGGCUGAGAUUGGGCUUUAUAAUCACUGAUAAGUAAUUAUUUAUUAAUGAGAUGCACAAAAUGAAUAUUAAACCUGAUUUAAACAGCAUCGAUAGUUAUCAAAAACUAUUCUCUAAGGUAGAUAACCCUGACGUGGUUUUUCAAAAUUUUGUAAAGAAGUUGGCCAAAUAUCACUUUCAGGUCAAAGCUACAAUCCAGGAUAUUUUAGAAUGUAGAGAAUCCAUGGAAGCAUUGACUGAGCUCAAUGAAAAGGGUCGGGCAAAGAUAAAUCUACUGAGAGAUGAAAUAGAAAAUAUGGAAUUAUAUGGGAAGGAAGCUUCUGAUGAUAAAUAUACUGCGGAACUGGCUUCCCAGAGGCAACAACUGGCUAUCCUUCUGAAAGAGUUCAAAGAUGCCAACAUCUCUAGCAUGUUUGCAAUAGAGAAGGCUCAGCGGGAAGAGCUGCUCAAGCUGCCAGAAGGAGAUGACACCACUCUCAGAAACAGAAAGAAAAAAGUUGACCGUGAUGCAUUGCUUGAAAAAUCUUCAGGUGUGACUGAGCAGCUGCUACAAAUCAGCAGACAGUUAGCUGACACAACACAAAGAAGUCAGAAUACAUUAGACAGUUUAGUUUCAUCCAGUUCUACAGUACAUGGAACUCAAUCAGAGCUUCAGAACACAGCGGGAUCUAUAUCAGAAUCUAGCAAGCUGUUGAAGAAAUACGGACGAAGGGAGUUCACAGACAAACUCAUUAUGUUCUUUGCAUUCCUUUUUUUCUUGGCUGUGUGUCUAUACAUCGUUCAGAAGAGACUGUUUUAGUGUAAGCCUGACUUUUUGUUAAAGAUGGCGCUGCAUGGUGCCUUAUAGGAAAAUGAUUAUAUGGCUAAAACCGCGUAUUUUUCGCACUAUCUUUUAGUAUUUCCGAACGUUUAUUUGUCUAUGAUUGUAGGUAUAGAUGAUGCUGAAGUACGACUGUAUUUAAAAUAUUUAAUGUGUGCUCUUAGAAUGUAUUUUUUCCAGCUUUAGCUGAAUUAUUUAUAUGAUGGACUGCUAUUUUAAUUUGUAAUGAUUAUUAUGCCUGAGUUUUGCAAUUUAUUUGUAAAUAUUUUGUAUAUAUACCUAGGUCAUUUAAAUAAAAUAUGUUUUAAAGGA